AUGGGUACAGAGGCACCGAUCCCCCGCGGCCGAGGCUGGCUGGUGGCCCUGCUCUGGCUCCUGUUCCCGCCCGCAGGCAUGCGAGGGUCCUGGUCGGUGGCCUCCCGUGCCCUGGUCCCCGCUCCAGAAGAGGCCGACUCGGAGGAGCCCCGGCGGCCAGAGGGCGGAGCACAGCGGUUGGCGCCCGCGGCGGUGUGUGGGAGGCCCAAAGUGACGGGGAGGAUCUAUGGUGGCCAGGAUGUGGCGGCUGGCCGGUGGCCGUGGCAGGCCAGCCUGCUGCACAAGCGCAUGCACGUCUGCGGAGCUGUCCUCAUCGACCCGCUCUGGCUGCUUUCCACCGCUCACUGCUUUCUCAACAAAUCCCUUGCCCCCGCGGACUACCAGGUGCUGCUGGGAAGCACACAGCUCUACCAGCACACCCAGCACACGCGGGAGAUGCCCCUGAGCCGGAUUAUCGUGCACCCAGACUUUGAGAAGCAUCACCCCUUUGGGAGCGACAUAGCCAUGCUGCAGCUGCACCUGCCCGUGAACCUCACCUCCUCCAUCGCCCCCACCUGCCUCCCGAGCCCUGGCAUGCAGCUGUCCGGCAACUUGUCCUGCUGGAUCACCGGCUGGGGGAUGCUCAGCGAGGACAAGCACCUGCACUCGCCCUUCCAUCUGCAGGAGGGUAAGGUGAGCCUCGUGGAGACCGAGUUCUGUAACGUUUUAUACAGACAAAGACUCAGCAACAGCAAGAGCCCCUCUGUGCGAGAGGAGAUGCUGUGCGCUGGGGACUUCUCCACGGGAAGGGCCAUCUGCCAGGGUGAUUCCGGGGGCCCCCUCGUCUGUGACCUCCCCACGGCCUGGGUUCUGGUGGGGCUGGCCAGCUGGGGAUUGGACUGCUGGCACCCUGUCUACCCCAGCAUCUUCACCAGGGUCAGCUACUUCACCGACUGGAUCAACAAGAUCCGGAGGCUGACCCCUCCGCCCGAUCCCACAUCUGCUCCUCAGAUCCGGGUUCCAGAUCAGUCUCUGCAGGCCACCAGCUCAUUCGACAGCGGCACAGCCCUCACACCACCCCACACUUGGCUCCUGCUGCUGUUUGCACUCAGGGACUCACGGCAGGCCCUGCGGUGA